AUGUCGUCCGCAGCGCAGCGCACCGUCUCGAUGGAUUCGACUCUAUCCUCGCUCUCCUCAUCGACCGCCCCGCAACCCAUCGCACGUUCGCAGUCGGCUACAUCUCUGGACAUCACCGACGUACCCACCCUGAUCGCUACCGCCGGCUCUCCUGAGGCCGCCAUCGCAAAGUUGUUACAAGAGAAACAGUCGGCUUCGACACAUACCACUCAGCUAUGGAGGCUCGUGGAGAAGCAACGAGCCAUGAUCCUCGGACUUAACAAGGACCUGGAGCGGACACUCAAAGAGAAGGAAAAGUAUCGCAAAAGGCUCAAGGACAUACUCGGCGAACAAUCCUCUCGUCCUCCCACCAUGAGAGAAAGUUUAGGAUCUGCCAGCCUUGACAGUCAGUCUCCCAACCUACCCGCUUCUAGUCCACCACUACCGACGAGCAACUCUCUGGAUAGCUUGCCAUCCCGCCCUUCGCGUCCCAACCGCGUACAGACAUCGGCUUCCGCAUCAUCCUUGCCUGGCAUUCCAGUUCGCUCUUCUGCGAAUGGUCCGAAGACCCCCCUGCUUCCUGACGCUCCGCAUGUGUUAUCGCCUAAGUCUUUCUCAAGCCCGAAUCAGAGAUUACGCAAGGAGAAGCCUGCCCCACUCGACCUUUCAAACGCUCCUACUAUGCUUCGUGAAGCUUCGGACUCGGAUGAAACACCUCCGCUUUCCAGAGGAAGGAAGAAGACCAGGGCAGACGAUGACAGGUCAAGGGAGACGCUGGCAGGCGAGGGCCCACACAAAGAGCCAGCUCAAGCCAGCAGUAGAAGUGCUCCUCCUCCUGCCAUCGGUCGACGUGUCCCUGCCCCUGCAGAUCUAGACGCAGACCCAGGCCUUCUCAGUGAUACGGAUCAAGGUGUACUCAGUGACACCGAAACGAUCGAUUUUGGUUCUCCUCAGCUUGCUCAGGUGCAAACAUUCCAGAGCAUGGGCCAGAUGGUGUCAGCAGACGCCCCUGCCCAACCUAAACGGCAUCCUGUAUCUCUGACUGUUCUAAGCCCCGGUCUACCCAUGAGUCCUCGUCCUGGUGACAGACCCAUGAACUCACCCAUGCCUAGAGCCAUGAAACAGACAAUGUCGUCAAUACCUCUCUCGCCUAGAGUCGGAGGUCAGAUGCCUUUGUCACCACGUGCUCCACGCCAACCUAUUCCAAUGCCACCACAGACACCUCUCUCGUUUGCAUCUCCCCAUUUGGCUCGAGCUGAGACGUAUCAGGCGCUCGCCGCAACCUCCAUGUCUGAUAGGCUCGCGGUCCCUUCUCAAUCGCAUGUUGCGGAGCCUGAGCCGUCUUCGUACGCGCCUGCUCCAAGAUCUCCUGGCGAGGUCUACCGAGGCUUUAUGUCAGACCAGUAUCCUGGUCUCCUUUUACCCCCGAACGCUCUUCCUUCGAUCUAUGUGAAAGUCGACUCAUCACGUUUGCGACCUUCAAGACACAGUUAUAUGGCACCUAAACUAUCCGAGGAGAACCCCGUCAUCACGCUUGCUGUUUUUGCUAGGUCCAACAGAACGCAAUUAUGGCGGGUGGAGAAGUCAUUGAGUGCCAUGUCCGUCUUUGACCAACAAAUUAAAACUGCGUCAAAUUUCAGAACAAAGCUCCCUGAUCGUUCUUUGUUCACUGGCCACGCUCCUGCUCGGAUGGAUGCUCGCAGGAAUGCGUUAAGCUUCUAUUUUGACAGUAUGCUCGAUACUCCUAUGGACGAUCAAGCUGCUGUCAUCAUCUGCGGGUUCUUGACUGCUGACGCAAUUGGACCCGAUAUGCCCGAGUACUUCACUCCAGAACCAACAAACGCGGCCAAAGCUCCAGUGCCACAAGGUGGAGGCGCGCGCAAAGAUGGCUACCUGACCAAACGUGGAAAGAACUUCGGUGGUUGGAAGGCCAGAUAUUUCGUUCUGGACGGGCCCACUCUCAAGUAUUUUGAAGCCCCUGGCGGCGCUAUUUUGGGCUCAAUCAAGCUGUCGAAUGCGCAGAUUGGUAAACAGGCACAAAACUCAACACAUCAUAGCGAAGAUGAUUCUGACAGCGAAUACCGACACGCCUUCUUAAUCCUCGAGCCAAAACGCAAAGAUUCUUCGAACCACGUGCGCCAUGUGCUUUGCGCAGAAAGCGACGAGGAACGCGACUCCUGGGUUGAGGCUCUAUUGCACUAUGUCGAUCAGAUUGUAUCUCCUACAGCGCUACGAAAGCAAGAUUCCAUGCAUGCAGUGCGCAGUCCACGUCUCCAGAAAUCAAUGAACGAUAUUUCUUCAGCGAGUUCGAGACAGUCGGACAGCUCUUCGAUGCUACGCAGUAUUCCAUAUCAAGCUACGAUGCCCGCUGAAGCGCCGAUCAUUGGUCCUAAUCGCGAACUAGCCACGCCCUCGCCAGUUGGCUCACCAGCAAUUGGCGACAACGAGCAACACCAUGACUCAAACCACCACCCUCAAAUCUCUGGCCCAACUAAUGGCACUGUAAUUCAGAAUGCAGAGUCGUGGGGCAACAAGAGAGAACCUGUAACCCAGACCAAGGACAAGAAGCGAAGCAUCUUUGGCUUCAGGGGUCGGUCAUCGUCCGACACAGUUCCUGGCAGCAUACCUAAGGAUCUGGUCCAAAGCGAGUCGCCUGUUCUUGUCAGACCAGUCUUUGGUGCUCCCUUGGCUGAAGCUGUGGAGAUUGCGCCGCCGUCGGAUGUCCCUGUACACCUGCCAGCCGUGGUUUAUCGUUCUGUGGAGUACCUGAGGGCAAAGAAUGCGUCUUCUGAGGAAGGAAUCUUCCGCCUUUCUGGCUCAAAUAUUGUCAUCAAAGCACUCAGGGAACGCUUCAAUACCGAAGGAGAUGUCAAACUGCUCGAGGGCCAGUACUAUGACAUUCAUGCCGUUGCAAGCUUACUCAAGCUCUACCUCCGAGAGUUGCCGGCUAGUAUACUUACAAGAGAACAUCACCUUGAAUUUCUCAAGGGUCUGGACUUGGAUGAAAAGAUCAAGGUCGAAGUGUUCAAUGUACUUGUGAAUAAGCUUCCUAGGGCGAAUCGAGAGCUGCUGGAUAUUCUAAGCACGUUCUUACGCGAGAUUGUUGAUAGAGAGAGUGUGAACAAGAUGAGUGUUCGAAAUGUCGGCAUUGUCUUUGCGCCAACACUUAACAUACCGGCUCCACUUAUAUCCCUCUUCGUCAUGGAGAAUGACAGAAUUUUUGGUGCUCCAAUCGACAUAACCACUCCAGUCACAGCCUACCCUGUAGACACGCCACUUUCGGGGGUGACACCUGAGAGUGUUAGGUCACCUCGACAGAAGCUAUCUAGUGAAGUGUCCACGCCCAGCUAUAACCAGACGAGUUUCUACCAGCAGUCGGCGCCUUCUAGCCGCGAUGGUUAUGAUGCCAGUCUUACGUCCUCUCAAUUGGCACACAAGGAGAACGGACCGAAUCCACAAAAUGACAGAUUCUCUGGCCAAAACGGAAGCCGCGCAACACAAUUGAGCAACCCAAUGAGCAAGCAGGCAAAGAGGGAGAGUAACACAUUGUUCAUGAACCUUGGACCCAUGGGACAGCGAGAGCCUGCUCUCAGCCGUCUUCGAGAAGCUGAGAACGUCGAGUAA